AUGUCCUCCUCCGACGAAGCCGACGCCCCCGUUUCCGCGGCCGAGGAGGCUUUUGUGCAGCGACAGAACGCCGCGGUGAAACGCUUGAACGCGCUGGGCAUCGCCCUGGUUCGCGGCAUCGACGAGGACGCCGCCUCGCCCGGCGAGGAGGAGGUCGCCGCCUGUCGGAUCCUGGUGAUCACCAAGGAACGCGCGGCGGCCAUCGAGGCUGCGCAGAAAUUCGCCAUGGGGCGCGACGGAUCCGACAGCGACAGCGACGACGACGGCGGGUUCGUGAUGUUCGACACGUCGACCGGAAACGCCGUCGUCGCCGGCAUCGCCGAUGCCGUCGCGCGCGCCGUCGCGCGGACGUCGAAGCCCGCGAGGUUCGACCACCUGCUCGCGUUGACGUACGCGCUGCAACAGGAAGAUACGUGGGCGCGCGACAACGAGAUGUGGGAAGACGGGGACGAGAUGCAGUCCGCGUGCGCGAAGCUCGCCGCCGCGUGGGAAGAAGCUCCUCGGGGAGAGCACCAACGAGCAGCUCGGGUGCGACGAGGAGUUCACGCGCCCGGGGACGGAGGCUCUGCUCGAGGAUUUCGGGAAGAUGCUCGAGAGCGUCGGGGGGGACACGGACGUGUCGUACCCGUUCGACUGGAAGCCGUGAAUCGAACGCGCUCCUCUGUCGUUUAA